AUGCACGUGCUACGUCUCAUGUUGGCUAUUGUGGUCGCCUUGAUUUCUAUUAACAACGGUGUCGCAAUCGCUGUCAAGACCGCGUCGGAGUCAAACGACUACCCGACGCUCAGAGACAGCAUUGCAAGUGGUGAGGCGGAUUCAGAGGAAAGAAAAGGAAGAGGAGGUGGUGGAGGUGGGCGUGGAGGCGGUGGGCGUGGGGGAGUAGCGUAUCGACCAGUAGCAGGAGGACAUGGGGGAUAUGCAGAAGAUGGAGAGGAUGAAGUUAUUACUUUGCCACCCGGUACUUACGAGGGUCCGGAAUUCGGAGGUCUCCAUGGCGAUCCCUUCACAGAUGCGGCCUUGAUUAAGUCUGGACAAAAAGUGCUGUCUAUCAACCUUCGUGCGGGGGAACGCGUCGAUGCCGUCAUCCUCACCAUCGUGAAUCCGUCUGGGGAAGAGAGUACCUUAUACCAUGGUGGUGAUGGUGGUGACUUGGAAACCCCUCUAGCGUUAGCUGAAGGUGAAUACAUCACUGUCAUGGAGGCACAUGCGGGUACACAUAAAGGUCGUACGCGUGUCAAGUACAUCAAGUUCACCACCAAUAAGGGGAAUUUUAUCGAAGGCGGCACACCGACGCACAAGAUUGGAACGGAUACUGCGAAAGAAGGGUAUCAGUUGGGUGGUUUUGAUGGCAGAAGCGGUGACGAGCUUGACUUGGUCAGUGCCAUAUGGACAAGCAUUCAGCCGGUCGGAUAGUGCGAAGCACUCCGCGUGAAGAAACGAUAACUACAGAAGGGAAUAAAAGCCGACCGAAAAGGGACGUAUAGAUUUGACCUAUCGGCUCGUACCUCAAUAUUCACACUGAUAAGGCCAUGUAUUCACCCGAAGGCAAAUUACGAGUUUGACUUGAAAGAGUGUGGCCGCGUCGAAACCACUCAACUCAAUUAAGAUGUUUUUUUUACAAUGUUCCCCGCAAGUGCUGGCUACGGUAAUAAUGACAAAUUUGACAGGAGUAGAUAAGAACCGAAGUAGUACUAAGAGAAUGGAUGGUUAUGAUGC